AUGAGCUCUAUUGAUGAGAAGCCUCUUUCAUGGUUCAUCAGACUGAUUCAUGAUACUUGCAUUCAUUUGAAUAAAUCUAUGUUGCUCCUCUGCUUAUUCCACUCUAAUUCUACAAUGAGCUCUAUUGAUGAGAAGCCUCUUUCAUGGUUCAUCAGACUGAUUCAUGAUACUUGCAUUCAUUUGAAUAAAUCUAUGUUGCUCCUCUGCUUAUUCCACUCUAAUUCUACAAUGAGCUCUAUUGAUGAGAAGCCUCUUUCAUGGUUCAUCAGACUGAUUCAUGAUACUUGCAUUCAUUUGAAUAAAUCUAUGUUGCUCCUCUGCUUAUUCCACUCUAAUUCUACAAUGAGCUCUAUUGAUGAGAAGCCUCUUUCAUGGUUCAUCAGACUGAUUCAUGAUACUUGCAUUCAUUUGAAUAAAUCUAUGUUGCUCCUCUGCUUAUUCCACUCUAAUUCUACAAUGAGCUCUAUUGAUGAGAAGCCUCUUUCAUGGUUCAUCAGACUGAUUCAUGAUACUUGCAUUCAUUUGAAUAAAUCUAUGUUGCUCUGCUUAUUCCACUCUAAUUCUACAAUGAGCUCUAUUGAUGAGAAGCCUCUUUCAUGGUUCAUCAGACUGAUUCAUGAUACUUGCAUUCAUUUGAAUAAAUCUAUGUUGCUCCUCUGCUUAUUCCACUCUAAUUCUACAAUGAGCUCUAUUGAUGAGAAGCCUCUUUCAUGGUUCAUCAGACUGAUUCAUGAUACUUGCAUUCAUUUGAAUAAAUCUAUGUUGCUCCUCUGCUUAUUCCACUUUAAUUCUACAAUGAGCUCUAUUGAUGAGAAGCCUCUUUCAUGGUUCAUCAGACUGAUUCAUGAUACUUGCAUUCAUUUGAAUAAAUCUAUGUUGCUCCUCUGCUUAUUCCACUCUAAUUCUACAAUGAGCUCUAUUGAUGAGAAGCCUCUUUCAUGGUUCAUCAGACUGAUUCAUGAUACUUGCAUUCAUUUGAAUAAAUCUAUGUUGCUCUCUGCUUAUUCCACUAAUUCUACAAUGAGCUCUAUUGAUGAGAAGCCUCUUUCAUGGUUCAUCAGACUGAUUCAUGAUACUUGCAUUCAUUUGAAUAAAUCUAUGUUGCUCCUCUGCUUAUUCCACUCUAAUUCUACAAUGAGCUCUAUUGAUGAGAAGCCUCUUUCAUGGUUCAUCAGACUGAUUCAUGAUACUUGCAUUCAUUUGAAUAAAUCUAUGUUGCUCCUCUGCUUAUUCCACUCUAAUUCUACAAUGAGCUCUAUUGAUGAGAAGCCUCUUUCAUGGUUCAUCAGACUGAUUCAUGAUACUUGCAUUCAUUUGAAUAAAUCUAUGUUGCUCCUCUGCUUAUUCCACUCUAAUUCUACAAUGAGCUCUAUUGAUGAGAAGCCUCUUUCAUGGUUCAUCAGACUGAUUCAUGAUACUUGCAUUCAUUUGAAUAAAUCUAUGUUGCUCCUCUGCUUAUUCCACUUAAAUUCUACAAUGAGCUCUAUUGAUGAGAAGCCUCUUUCAUGGUUCAUCAGACUGAUUCAUGAUACUUGCAUUCAUUUGAAUAAAUCUAUGUUGCUCCUCUGCUUAUUCCACUCUAAUUCUACAAUGAGCUCUAUUGAUGAGAAGCCUCUUUCAUGGUUCAUCAGACUGAUUCAUGAUACUUGCAUUCAUUUGAAUAAAUCUAUGUUGCUCCUCUGCUUAUUCCACUCUAAUUCUACAAUGAGCUCUAUUGAUGAGAAGCCUCUUUCAUGGUUCAUCAGACUGAUUCAUGAUACUUGCAUUCAUUUGAAUAAAUCUAUGUUGCUCCUCUGCUUAUUCCACUCUAAUUCUACAAUGAGCUCUAUUGAUGAGAAGCCUCUUUCAUGGUUCAUCAGACUGAUUCAUGAUACUUGCAUUCAUUUGAAUAAAUCUAUGUUGCUCCUCUGCUUAUUCCACUCUAAUUCUACAAUGAGCUCUAUUGAUGAGAAGCCUUUUCAUGGUUCAUCAGACUGA